GGGCGGCGCCUGCCCAGAGCGGCGCGCGGCGGCAAGAUGGCGCAGGACAAAGAGAAAAAGAAGAAAGAAAGCAUCUUGGACCUGUCUAAGUACAUUGAUAAGACUAUCCGAGUGAAGUUCCAAGGUGGCCGGGAAGCCAGCGGAAUCCUGAAAGGGUUUGACCCUCUGCUCAACCUGGUGCUGGACGGGACCAUUGAGUACAUGCGAGACCCCGACGACCAGUACAAACUGACGGAGGACACGAGGCAGCUGGGGCUCGUGGUAUGCCGAGGCACCUCAGUGGUACUCAUCUGCCCGCAGGAUGGCAUGGAGGCCAUCCCCAACCCCUUUGUGCAGCAGCAGGACGCUUAGCUACCAGGGGAGGGUGGCCUGGCCCAGGGACCACCCUUCUGUGGGUGAACUUCUGUUUGGUGUUUUGGUCUUUCUGGUUUUGUUUUGUUUGUUUUGUUUUUUAAUAAAAUUGCCCACUUAGGCA